GCAGCUGGCGGACACCUCGGCGGGGGCCUGUCGGUAUUAAAGCGGUGUCUCGGCCUGAUGACGUCCUCUUUCCCCGCUGCCUGAGAGGCUGACAGGAACUUUGUGUCCCGCAUCCAUCGCGAAUCAACAAUGGCCGAGGAAGGCAUUGCUGCCGGAGGUGUGAUGGAUGUCAACACCGCUCUCCCUGAGGUUCUGAAGACCGCCCUGAUCCACGACGGCCUGGCCAGAGGGAUCCGUGAGGCGGCCAAGGCCCUGGACAAGCGUCAGGCCCACCUCUGCGUCCUCGCCGCCAACUGUGACGAGCCCAUGUACGUGAAGCUGGUGGAGGCCCUCUGUGCCGAGCACCAGAUCAACCUCAUCAAGGUCGACGACAACAAGAAGCUCGGAGAGUGGGUUGGUCUGUGUAAGAUCGACCGUGAGGGAAAACCCCGUAAGGUGGUGGGCUGCAGCUGUGUGGUGGUCAAGGACUACGGUAAGGAGUCCCAAGCCAAGGAUGUGAUCGAGGAAUACUUCAAAGCCAAGAAAUGAGGUGUUAAUAAAACAUGGAAAUGAA